AUACUUUUCGAAUUCGUCGCUCUUCUAUAUCCCGUUUUGGGUCGAUGGCCAAACAGGAACCCCUAAUUGUUGUCGAUGAAUCACAAAUUGUCGAAGAAGAUGACCAGGAAAGUUCGGAAACACCUUCAAAUAAAGCUAGUCUAGAUAUUGAUUCGCCCGUAAAUCCAUAUCUCCUCUCACCAUGGCGAGAUCCCAGAGAAAGUCGCAAACACUCCCUACCCUCCCAGCAAGUUACCGAAGGUAUUACAGCCAGCCAGGUCAGACGUUUAUCGGAGCGGGGAGGAGAAGGAUCUGGCCCUUCGCCAAAGGAAGCAGCAUUUUUGGCAACACUCUCGCAAGCUCCAGCACCAUCGGGUCGACGACAUUCCGUGGUUACCAUUUCCAAAGUGCCAACAACUAUUUUUGGCAGAGCGCGUCGGGAAUCUGUUGCCGCUUUACCAAACAAGUGAGUUGGGGAAGGGGGUUCACGCAGAGAAAGCAACACCUCCACGGGACCGCCUUCCACAGAUCCCAUCGGCAGCAUACACAAUCUGCAGUUGGACAUUAUGGAUGACAUUGUACAGUCACGCAAGGCCCGUAUGAAACUCUGGACCACGAGCAGUGAAAAAGUGUGCGAAGUGGAAACCCUCAACGAGGUGGGCGGCGCAACGCCACAACGUUACACCAAUCGUCGAUAUUCCGAGUGCGUUUCAGCCCAAGCCACACCGUCACCAACACCAAGCUACCGUCGACCAUCCGAACAUCCCGCCGUUUUGUCACCUUGCAUUACCCAACCGACAAGCAAUCGUUCGUCAACCAGACGGAAGAAAAGCUCUGGAUUUCUAGGUGGACGAACUGAUAUUGGGUCGAUUUUCAGUAAUCUCACCUCUUCGGCUAUUGAGAUACACAAAUGUGAAGACAAACCGACACCGCCACCCUCGUCGUCAUCAACCACCAAACCCAAGACCACACUACAGGCACCCUCACACAGUAGUUCGAAUCUACUGGAUCCCAAUGCUGGUCGUUCGACACGUUCCAAUAGUUUCGAUGUAUCCAUUCUCAACAAUGCCAAGCAAUUGGUCAGUGAUGCUCAGGAUAAUAGUUCGGCAGCCUUGUCUGGAUGGUUUGCAAAUCGCCAUGAGCCUAUGGCCCGCAAAAAGAGUAUACGUAGUAAAAGUACCGCUAUGGCCCUGUCGAAAGAUGUCCUAGAAAAAUUACAAGCCAAAGAUGUUCUGCGCGAAAGUAAACCAAAACUUAAACCGCGUAGUAAACAAAAAAGUUGGACCGACCACACCAAGGGCACAAUUGUAGAUGCCACCGUUAUUGGUUCGGCCAUAGAAGGAUUUUUGCGUAAAAAUUCUGCAUCUGGACCAUCGGGUAGCAGUGGCAGUGCUGCGCCUUCCUCUAGCAGUAGCAGUAAGACAACCAAAGGUGGUGCCGUUCCCAAAGAUUAUGGUUCCUCAAGACGUAGUCGCACUCAGGCACAGGCUGCCAGCGCGGUUCGUUCCACACUAAAUUGGUUUGGCAAGGGCGACGAAGAUGACACAAAGGAUACCUGUGAUGCAUCACUCUGCUCAACUCUGAAAGAUCUAUUCGUUAAAUAAUUUCCGGGGAAUUCUUUAUUUAAAUUAAAAUAAUCCCCAGUGUUUGGUUGUUUUAAGUUUUGGAGAAUUCUAGCCUUCAUUCCAA